AAUAUGUGUCGAUUUGUACGUAGUAUUUAUAUGUUUUGUAUAUUUCAGACCAGAUCCGGACGAUCAUAACAUCACAGGCUAACCUCUGGCGGAGUCCACUCUUCAAAAUUGUAACAUCAACAUUUAUAUUGCCCAUCCCAUCAAAAGAGCUGGACUCCCACCAUGUGGUUUAGCUGGAACAACACAGAGCAGAGCAUUGCCGUCAGGCAGGGAUACCAGGUGCUGGCCGAAUACCAACUGAUCGAGCAGGAGCAGCUGAAGAACAUUUAUGCCAUUCCCAGCUAUGCCAGUGCACUGCAUUGGUUCGGUGUUAUCUUCAUACACAGCGGAUUCUAUGCGGGGAGCAUGUUCCGCUUCUCCAUAAUCCUGCCGGACAACUUUCCGAACGGUACCAGCCUGCCUACGAUCAUCUUUACAACUACGUGCUACCAUCCACACAUUCGACCGCAGACCCAAAGCCUGGACCUGGCACCCUUCUUCACAGGGUGGAGGAAGGAUCACUACCACGUCUGGCACCUGCUCAAGUAUAUUCAGGCCAUCUUUGCCGAUCCCGAGGGCAGCAUCUCCACCACUGUUACUCCUUCCGGUGAUAGAGUGUGCUUGGAGGAAGCUUACAACAUGGACGCCCUGGCUAUGCUCUCCAAUGACCGCGUAGCGUUCAUCAAGAAGGUGCAGGAACUGGCUUUGUUCACCAAGAAACACAUGUACGACAAGCCAACAUCCAAUGAUCCGCACUAUAUAGUCAUAGAACCCUUUUGUUCAGAGCGGCAUACAAAGAUUAUGGAGCAGCUGAAGAGUCCCAGUUGGAAAGAUGCGACUUCCAUGGACACUUCCCCACCUGCUCAAUGCUUGGCCAGGAUCGACUCCUCCAGGCAAAUGGAUGAAGAGGAGGCCAAGCAAUCGGCCAAACUAUUCGCUAAGAAUGGCAAAGCCGCUGCUGCCUUACAAUAGCCCAAAAAUUACUCGAUCACACAAAUUCAAUUAAAAUGUAAAAUUUAAAUACAAAUGUA